CUCCGCGCCUCGCUCCGACUCAGGCGCGCACUGCGCCGGGACCCGCGCCCGCGCCCGAGCCCUGGGGGCGCCGCCGCUCCUCGGCUCCCGGCCCCCAAGCGCGCCGCGUUGAGGCCGCGCCGGGCAGGGGGGGCUCCGGCUGCCGGGGCUUCGGAGGCCCGCUCGCCGCUCCGUGUGGCCGGAGGACUGGCGGGGAAGGAAGGGGAACGCGGGGACACACACACUCGCCGCGGCGCGCGCGCAUUGCACACUCGCCGCCGCGCGCCCCCGCCGCGGCGCGUCCCGGGCGAGUUUGGCCCCGCGGCUCCGGCCCGGCACCUGCCGGCUCCGCGCGCCGCGCCCCGCCCCCGCCCGCGCCGACCCUCCGGCCCCUCCCGCCCCUCGCCGGCACAGAUCUCCCGGCGCCGGGGGGGAAGCAACUACAUCCCGACAACUUGCAGACUGUGGCGCAACUGGUCUCGACAGCAGAGGCGCCCGAAUGCUGCCCGGGUGAGAUGUCGUCUGCUGCUGAAAAUGGAGAUGCAGCAUCUGGAAAACAGAACGAAGAAAAAACUUACAAAAAGACUGCAUCAUCUGCUAUCAAAGGUGCUAUUCAGCUGGGGAUAGGAUACACCGUGGGUAAUCUCACUUCCAAGCCGGAUAGAGAUGUUCUCAUGCAAGACUUUUACGUGGUGGAAAGUGUGUUCCUACCCAGUGAAGGGAGCAAUCUGACCCCAGCACAUCAUUACCCAGACUUCAGAUUUAAGACCUAUGCUCCACUGGCAUUCCGAUAUUUCAGAGAACUUUUUGGUAUCAAGCCUGAUGAUUACUUGUAUUCCAUCUGUAGUGAACCUCUAAUAGAGCUGUCCAACCCCGGAGCCAGUGGAUCCUUGUUCUUUGUGACCAGCGAUGAUGAAUUUAUCAUCAAAACCGUUCAGCACAAAGAAGCUGAGUUCCUUCAGAAGCUACUGCCAGGCUAUUACAUGAAUUUGAACCAGAAUCCAAGGACUCUUUUGCCAAAAUUUUACGGACUGUACUGCAUGCAAUCGGGGGGCAUUAACAUCAGGAUCGUGGUAAUGAACAACGUCUUACCGCGCUCCAUGAGAAUGCACUUCACGUAUGACCUGAAAGGCUCCACGUACAAGCGAAGAGCUUCCCGAAAAGAGAGGGAGAAAUCCAACCCCACCUUCAAGGACUUGGAUUUCCUGCAGGACAUGCACGAAGGGUUAUAUUUUGACACAGAAACUUACAACGCGCUCAUGAAAACACUUCAGAGAGACUGCCGGGUGCUGGAAAGCUUCAAAAUCAUGGACUAUAGCCUUUUGCUGGGAAUCCACAUCUUGGACCAUUCCCUCAAAGAGAAGGAAGAGGAGAACUCACAAAACGUGCCUGAUGCUAAACGGUCGGGGAUGCAGAAGGUCCUCUAUUCGACAGCAAUGGAAUCCAUCCAGGGUCCAGGGAAACCAGGAGACGGGAUCAUCACAGAGAACCCGGACACAAUGGGAGGCAUUCCAGCUAAAAGCCAUAAGGGAGAAAAACUACUUUUGUUUAUGGGCAUUAUUGACAUUCUGCAAUCAUAUAGGUUAAUGAAGAAGUUAGAACAUUCCUGGAAAGCGCUUGUUUAUGAUGGGGAUACUGUUUCAGUUCAUCGACCAAGCUUUUAUGCUGACAGAUUUCUAAAGUUUAUGAAUUCCAGAGUUUUCAAGAAAAUUCAAGCUUUGAAGGCCUCACCUUCUAAAAAACGGUGCAACUCCAUUGCUGCCCUGAAGGCAACCUCCCAAGAGAUCGUGUCCUCAAUUAGCCAGGAAUGGAAGGAUGAGAAGCGGGAUCUGCUGACCGAGGGGCAGAGUUUCAGCAGCCUGGACGAGGAAGCCCUGGGAUCCCGACACAGGCCGGACCUGGUGCCUAGCACUCCUUCACUCUUUGAAGCUGCUUCCUUGGCAACCACGAUUUCUUCUUCUUCCUUAUAUGUCAAUGAACAUUGUCCACACGACAGGACUACGCUCUAUUCAAACAGUAAAGGGUUGCCUUCCAGUUCAACAUUUACCUUGGAAGAGGGGACCAUCUACUUGACUUCGGAGUCCAAUGCUCUGGAAAUGCAGGAUGAUAAUGCCUCUGUGCUCGAUGUCUAUUUAUAAGUGAAAAUGGUGACCAUUCCACAGUUGUGGAAGAGAAGUUUCUCCACUCCGGAAUUACCCAGAGGAACUCGACUGACCCUCCUGGCACACAAGAAACAAUCAAGUGGAUCUAGGAGUUUGCAAAGUGUGGGGGGAACCUUGGUCCAUAGGCUGAUCAGCAGACGUGAUGUGAAAACCAUCACACCAUUCUAUCAUUUGCUGUUGCUUGCUGAACUGCGAAGACCUUCAUGAACUGUAUUUAAGCUGCUUUCUAGGCCAUUGCCAAUCACCGUUUUGGACUUGGAAGUGCUAUUUUCCUAUUGACGCUUGCAUUAUUUCAUUUUGCAUGCAUCCAGUGGUUAUACAUGAGCAACAUAUGUAAUCUGCUUAUUUUUAAAAAAAUCCAUCCAUGCAAAAUGGUAAAUAAAGUAUAAAUUCUGCUCUUUUUUGCAAAAUGAUAAUCAUAGCCCAUGUCAUUAAAAGUUUAAAUUGGUUUCAUAUCAAGAUCAGUGUAAUAGGUCUGCAUAUACUUUAUAGGAAACUAGCUUCUAUAAAGAUUUUUUCACUGUUUACUAGUGAAAUGAGAAAAGCAAAGCUAUUUAUAAAAGGCCUUAUGUCGUGUACAUACGUUGUCUUUGAAAUAUUUGUGAUUUAGUUUAUUGCUUGUAAAAGAGAAAUUAUAUAAUUUAUUUAGUAAAUACUAUUGUAAACUAUAGUUUUAUUGAGAGAAAUAAAAUAUUUUGUUCUCA